AUGAAUACAAUACGGUCAUCGUCAGUGAUGGAAGACCCUCCUUCCUUCUUGCGGGAACUACUUACAGAGCAUCAUCAUCAACAACCGCUAGAUCCUGCGGAUCACCAAAUCGCCCAGCAAUUGUAUCGAAGAAUGAAUAACGAUGUUGCAUUGCAAAAAGGGUGGAGUGCUGACCAGCAUGAUCAUUACAGUGGUGCACACCACCAACACCACCACCAAUCCUCGUCUUCCUUGAUAAGCCAAGUUCUGAGAUCCAUUCGGGAUGACGGUGAUUGCAAUAGCAAGAAUACUCCAAAUCCAUACAACGAUGCUAGAAGAAUACUCCUAAUACAGCAGCAGAGGUUGAAAGCACCACCCACCGGCGAUCAUCCAAAUCUACAAUGCCAGCACGAUGAUGAUGCAGGACUCGAUGAUUCUAAUUUUUGUUUGGAGCCAUCCUCCUUUAGCAGUGAAAGCUGGCAAAAUAUGCCAGAGAGAUCACUCAACGACGAAGCGCAGGAUCAACGAAGCAUAUACGACCAUCUUGCAGAGCACCGUGAGAGAAUGAACGUCUUUAGUACCCUCCAGGCGCUUCGAGGGGAAGCUAGCAUGGCGAACAAGUCGGCGUGGGACGCUGAUGCUUUCGACCGCUGUGUAAUACCGGAAGAACAAGACCAUGAUGCGGACGAUCUCAUUUUUGAAAUCGAGCUGUAA